AAUUAUUUAUAAGAUAAACUUUUUUGUUUUAAAAUAAAAUUUAAUAUAUAUAGGGAAUUGAAUGGUUCUAAUUAAUUAUAUUUUUUUUUAAAAAAUGUUACAUCAAAUUUUACCAGCUAUUUUAGUGUUACUCUUUUGUGGGACAAUACUGGCUCAAAAUUGUGAAAUAGAAUACCAGAGAAGAUGUCAAGAUUUGUGCCAGCAUUUAAUUUGUGACAUAGCUCCAAAUGCGAAAUGUAUCAUGAAUGAUUGCGGGAGAUGCGAAGCGGAAUUUUUUAUCAAUAGGCGAAAAAUACAUUGUCCUUCAUAUACCACGAAGGAUCUCUCUGAUGAUCCUUUUCCCACUCUCGAACCUUUGGUAAUCACGACUCCAGAAAUUAUAAGAGAUGGAGAAUGCCCGAUCGGAGUGAGACCUGUAAAUUGUGUAAUGAACCCAUGUAUCAGGGCCACUUGUCCAAAACACCCGAACGCUAGAUGCCGAGUCAACAAUUGUGGUAGAUGCAUAGCCGAAUUUGUUGACGCUAACAACGUUAAAUUAGAUUGUCGCAAGAGAACACAUACAAGAUGUGCAAACCUGAAUUGCAUAAAGGAAUGUCCAUUUGGCCGGGUGAAAGAUGCGCAUGGAUGUGAAACUUGCAACUGCAUCAACGCGAGAUUUUAGAUUCUGAAUGCCCUUACUCAUCUUAAUCAUUUGUUCUGUACAUUUUAAUCAAAAUUCAUUUUAAUAUUUGAUUUUAAUUUACAAAAAAUAUGAAUAUAUUUAUAAAUAUAAUAACAUAUUUUUUUUAUUAUGCUACACAUGAAAAUAAAAUUUAAAAUAGAGUACUUUAAAAA